UCCAUGUCCCAGGCGCCCUGGGGCCGUACCGGGGAGAGCUGGAGGGAGGAUGCUGCGGACGGGCUGCCGCGCCGCCGUGUCCCGGCGGCCCCCGCAGGGCUCCGCUCCUCGCCGCGGGGCCGGGGAGGCGGCGGCGGCGGGGGAAGGUCUGAAGCGGACGCCGCUGGACGCGCUGCACCGGUCCCGAGGCGGGCGGAUGGUGCCGUUCGCCGGCUGGAGCCUUCCGCUGCACUACGAGCAAGGCCACCUCCAGUCCCACCUGCACACCCGCAGCAGAUGCUCGCUCUUCGAUGUCUCACACAUGCUGCAGACUCGUGUGUACGGCCAGGACCGCAUCAGGUUCAUGGAGAGUUUGGUGGUGGGGGACAUCGCUGAGCUGAAGCCAGGACAGGGCACCCUAACACUGCUCACCAAUGAGAGAGGUGGCAUCAUGGAUGACCUCAUCGUCACCAACACACUGGAAGAUCACCUCUACGUGGUGUCCAAUGCCAGCUGCGCUGACAAGGACUUGGCCAUCAUGAGGGUACAUGGCUGCCUGAACCCUGUGGGAGGGGGGAAGCACGGUGGGAAUGAGUCCUCCCACCUCUUGGGGAUAUCUGUGGCUGCAUGCACAGAGGUGGCUAUGCCCACACAUGGGGUUGGCCCCCAUGGCAGCAGUUCACUGUCACCCUGGCAGGGCAGAGCAGCAGAGUUGCAAGCCACCGGCAGUGACAUUCACGUGGAGGUGUUGGACAACGCUCUGCUGGCUCUGCAAGGUCCCUCCAUGGCACGGGUGCUGCAGACAGGGCUGUCAGAUGACCUAGCCAAGCUCUCCUUCAUGAAUAGCAUCACCACAACGGUCUUUGGCGUGCCAGGCUGCCGGGUCACACGCUGCGGCUACACUGGCGAGGAUGGCGUGGAGAUCUCAGUGCCCGCAGGGCGGGCAGUGGAACUGGCUGAGCAGCUGCUGGGUGUCCCGGAGGUGUGGCCGGCAGGGCUGGCAGCCAGGGACAGCCUGCGCCUGGAGGCUGGGCUCUGCCUCUAUGGGAAUGACAUCGAUGAGACCACCACACCUGCUGAGGCUGGGCUGAUGUGGACCUUGGGUAGGCUGUGGCCAUGUCCACUUCCUCCUUGGGGCAAGCAGAGGGGUGAGGUGUCCCCAGGUCCCCAACAGGGCAGAAGGGGACCAGGAGACAUCAAAGACCCUCACCCGUCUCUGCCCCACAGGGAAGCGCCGGCGCAUGGCCAUGGACUUCCCUGGCGCGGCAAUCAUCAUGGCACAAGUGAAAGAGAAGCCAAAGCGCAAGCGCGUGGGGCUGACGUCGGUGGGACCCCCCAUACGGCCCCACAUGGCCAUCCUGAGCUCCGAGGGCACUCCUGUGGGCACCGUGACCAGCGGCUGCCCCUCACCCUCCCUGGGCAAGAACAUCGCCAUGGGCUAUGUGGAGGCAGCGCACAGCCGGGCUGGCACCACACUCACCGUUGAGGUGCGGAAGAAGCAGCACCCGGCCCUUGUCACCAAGAUGCCCUUCGUGCCCACCCAGUACUACAUGGCCAAGUGAGGCCAUCGCCUGCUGUGGGCACAGUGCCCCAGCCCUAAUAAAUGUCCCUUCCCCA